GAGCCCAAAAUGAUUGUCCUGCUCUACGUGACAAGUCUUGCCAUCUGUGCAAGUGGACAACCUCGGGGCAGUCAGGCCAAGGGAGAGAGCUACUCUCCAAGGUACAUCUGCAGCAUUCCUGGCUUACCGGGUCCCCCAGGCCCUCCUGGAGCAAAUGGCUCCCCUGGGCCCCAUGGUCGCAUCGGCCUUCCUGGAAGGGAUGGUCGAGAUGGCAGGAAAGGAGAGAAAGGAGAAAAGGGCACGGCAGGUCUAAAAGGUAAAACUGGACCCCUGGGCCUUGCUGGUGAAAAAGGAGAUCAAGGAGAGACUGGGAAGAAAGGACCCAUGGGACCAGAGGGUGAGAAAGGAGAAGUCGGCCCAGCAGGGCCUCCUGGGCCAAAGGGAGACCGAGGAGAUCAAGGGGACCCAGGGCUGCCUGGAGUGUGCAGAUGUGGAAGCAUUGUGCUUAAAUCUGCCUUUUCAGUUGGCAUCACAACCAGCUACCCAGAAGAAAGGCUCCCCAUCAUAUUUAACAAGGUCCUCUUCAAUGAGGGGGAACACUACAACCCUGCCACAGGGAAGUUCAUUUGUGCUUUCCCAGGGAUCUAUUACUUUUCUUAUGAUAUCACGUUGGCCAAUAAGCAUCUAGCAAUUGGGCUGGUACACAAUGGGCAGUACCGAAUAAGGACCUUUGAUGCCAACACAGGGAACCAUGAUGUGGCUUCAGGGUCCACAGUCAUCUACCUGCAGCCGGAAGAUGAAGUCUGGCUGGAGAUCUUCUUCAAUGACCAGAAUGGCCUCUUCUCAGACCCAGGCUGGGCAGACAGCUUAUUCUCUGGAUUUCUCCUCUACGUUGACACAGAUUACCUAGAUUCUUUAUCAGAAGAUGAUGAACUGUGA